CCUAAAAAAUUGUUUUUCUUUUAAUUACAAAUUUUGAAUUAAAUAGAAGAAAAUGAAGCGGAAUGGUUUGCUACAUAAAUUUAUAUUUUUCAAUAACCAUAAGAAGCCUCUGCUGCUGUCAAGUAAUUUGUUUUUUUAUUAUUAUUACAGAAUAAUCAUAUUCUAACCUCGAUUAUGUUUGUUAAUGUUUACUUCCCCUUUUCAGGAUUUCUAAGCACACAAGAAGCGAUAGAACGUCGGAACCAUUUAUUCACAUUAGAGAAGAAAAGACAACAUGAGAAAGUUGGUAGAAUUGAGAAAAUUGAAGUCAGAUAUAAGGGUAUCCCUAAAGAUUGCACUUUAGUAAUGAAUAAAGGAAUAUCGACUCCUUAUGAUUGUGCCAGACAUUUAACUGAGUGGCAUGUGGAUAGUAGUGCAUUGGCACUUAUUGAUGGUUCUAUUUACUGGGACAUGCACAGACCUCUCAAUGAAAAUUGCACCCUUGAAUUACAGAAUUUCACAGUUGCUGAACCGCAGCAAGUGAAUAAGGCGUUUUGGCGUACAUGUUCGUUCCUGCUCGGCGCUUGCGCAACUGUGGCCUUCAAGGACACAGUGCCUGUAAGAUUACACAGCUUCCCUGGACCUGACAUACGCAGUGGAUCCUUCGUCUACGAUAUCGAUUUACCCACAUUAGAGGAUUGGAAACCAACACCCCAAGAACUGUUCACUAUUACUGCGGAGUAUGUUAAGUUGUGUCGUCGAGAUUUACCUGUAGAAAGGCUAGAAGUCAGCGAAGAACUAGCAAAGGAGAUGUUCAUCGAUAACCCGCAUAAAGUGAAACAAGUGCCCAGCAUCGCUAGUAGACAUGGUAACAUUACCCUUUAUAGGGUCGGUAAUCACGUGGAUAUCUCCAAAGGACCGAUGAUUGCUAAUACAGCGCAAGUUGGCAAAUGUACAAUAGCUUCAGUGCACAAAUUAGUAGGACCGCCAGAUGGCGAUGUCAAGCAGCUAUACAGAUUCCAAGGAGUGGCGUUGCCUACUUCUGUCAUGUUAAACCACUUCGCAUUCUCUAUUCUAGUCAACAGAGCUAGGAAAUUGAAUCCAGUGUGGUCACCAGUAGGUACAAGUGAUCGUGGUGAGCCGAUCGUCGAUGAUGUGAGGACCGUGUCUGCUACAGCGUGAAUAGAUUUAAUUAAAAGUACUAUAGUGUAGUUUUAUAUGUAAGUUGUUAAUAAAUAUAAUAAUUU